CCAAAAUAUCAAGAAAUUUGUGUAUAAAUAUAAUGCAUUGUGUACGAAAACAGUAAAUAAUGGCGAACGGUACUCCAGAAAGUGAUUUCUCGAUAGAAUGCUUCCAGAACUACACUGCGCCCGAAGUUUUUGUACAAGGCCUAGCCGGUAUGGUGGAUCAGACUGACGUUGAAGUGAUUAUUCGAGCACAAAAGAAUAUGUUGCAGAGAUUCGAAAAAACAACAGAAAUGCUGACAAAUUGUAAUCAGCUGUCGGCCAGUAGAUUAAGGGCUGCAUCCACAGAGUUCAAGAAACACACACAACUACUGUUCGAAAUGAGGAAGGAUUUGGAAUUCAUAUUUAAGAAAAUUCGGGCAAUUAAAACCAAGCUCAGUUCUCAAUACCCAGAAGCAUACAAAGAAGCGGUUGCAGAGUCGCUUGCAAAUCGUAAACCCCUCGUAGAUGACGAAGAUCUGAAGCCAUCAGAGGCGAAGCCUGAAUCAAAGAUGGUUGCUACAGUCUCAACUGAGACACUGAAACCGACUAAUUAUAAUAAGAAAUCUAAGAAAAAAGACAAUAAAAGCUUUGAAUCUAGUGUGGCCGGCUCAGAAAAAAAACCUGCAUGUCCAAAGGUCAGGACCAGUAGUUCCUCGGAAACUGAGAGUGCCAGUUCCGGUGAUGAUAGUAGUACUGAUACAGGUUGAAAACUGGUUCUGUUUUUUCAUUAGUCAAAUCUAAAACGUUUAUAAAAGCUAUGGAGUUUUCAAUAACUAGAUUUUUUGUUGAUUACAAUAAAGAAUGACAGUCAAAUUCAGGUAAAAUCAUUACUAAUAAUAUAUAUUAAAAAUGGAGACCCAAUAGCAAUCUUAAUUUUUUUUUAAAUGCUUAACCAGGUUCCAAGUGGAACAACUACAAGAAAGUCAUCAUAUUUUGUUAUAUAUUGCAUAGUUAAAUAAUCAGUUUUUGCAAACAGAACUUAACUCUAGAAAUAUCAGCUUGCGAACUGCCUUGUGCGUAUAUUUGAUAAACUAUAUUGAAUCGAAAUUUAAAUGACAGGCAAUGACUUAAUAACCUCGACUUUUAAUUAUUAUUUUUAUAAUAAUGUGUUAAGUACUGAUUUUUCUAGAUUUUAUAAGAUUUAUAUAUUUAUGUAAUUUUACUAACCAACAAAUACACUACGUAUAUUAAACACUAGAAUAAUUUUAUAUUCAAGUGGGAUAUAUGUGUUGAAAAUUGUUUGAAAAAUUCGGUUACCUUUUAAUGUUAUUAAUUAAUAAUUUCGAUGCAGUGAUUGA